GAAGCUGGAUCACUUUGGAUGAAACGAUUCUUGAAUAUGGUAUUUGACCACGUAAUGCUGUUUUAUAUUUAGGCCAACAUGACACUAGGCUCUCUGCUUUGCAGUUUUCAUACAGUGUGCCAUGGAUCCAUUGAAGCCUGAAGGGUAGCAUUUUUGCAGAAUAGUUGGAUAGCAACUCAUAAAUUCAUUUUUUUGGCUCCUGCCAGCAUGCAAUGGUGCAUUUUCUUUCACGUGAGCUGAUGAGCAUAGGCCUGGCCUCACAUGAGGGAUGGAACAUUAAUCUGUGUUUGAUGGUUUCAUUUUAUCCGAGAGAAGUUCAAAAUGGGAUGCCAAUCACAUUAUGUAUAAUAGUUGUCUCAGCUGUUGUGGUGAACAAUGAUAUCAAAGCUCAAAAGAAAAGUUAUUUGGCAAAAGGGCCUGUGAGGCCGAUCUCAAAAGAAUACAAUGGAUUAUUGCUCUCUCACAACUCCCUUGCAUAUUUCGGAACUUCCGUAUCCUUUAUCUAUACAAGAAUCUAGUGCUUAAUGAAAUCAGCAUCUGACCAUACCUUCCUUGUAUCUUCAUUAUGAUUGCCUACUUCAAGCUUUGGGGGAUCCGGUGUAUUUAUCGUGCUUGUCUGGUAAUCUACACUUAGCAUUGACAAUUUCAAUCCAAUGCACUCAUGCAUGCCUUGGUAAUGAAAUCAGCAUUAAGGAUGCAUGUAUGCCUGGAUGGAUGGUUGCCAAGCCAGGCUAAAGAUUUGGUAGGGUGAGAGAGAAUGACAGGGGAGCUCUUCUACAUACAUAUUGGACUGAAAGUUUAAUGGAGAAGCCAGCAGCCUAGCAUUAUUCCUAUAUAUAUCAAGCGGAAUAAGAAGUUGUGGGCUCUUGUGGCUUGCAAGAAACAAAGCAACACAAGCAGAAACACUUCAUGCCAAAUACUCAAAUAUGAGUUCUCUAAGAGGGUUUGGAAAUAUUGCCAGAAAAUGGAGAGAACUCAACGGUGUGAAUCACUGGAAGGGGCUACUUGAUCCUCUUGACGUCGACCUCCGGAAGAAUAUCAUCAACUACGGUGAGCUCUCACAGGCAGCCUACACUGGGCUCAACAGAGAGAGAAGAUCAAGGUACGCUGGGUCUUGCCUCUUCAGACGCAAGGACUUCCUCAGCAGGGUAGAUGUAUCGAACCCUAAUCUAUAUGAGAUUACAAAGUUCAUAUAUGCAAUGUGUACGGUCAGCUUGCCUGAUGGGUUCAUGGUGAAGUCAUUGUCAAAGGCUGCAUGGAGCAAGCAGUCAAAUUGGAUAGGGUUUGUUGCUGUGGCCACCGAUGAGGGUAAGGAAGUGCUUGGGAGGCGGGAUGUUGUGGUGGCAUGGCGAGGGACAAUACGGAUGCUAGAAUGGAUGGAUGACCUUGAUAUUUCCUUGGCGCCUGCUUCAGAAAUAGUAUGUCCAGGCAGUGUUGACGACCCCCGUGUUCAUGGAGGGUGGUUGUCUGUUUACACGAGUACUGACCCAGGGUCUCAGUACAACAAACAGAGUGCACGCUGUCAGGUGUUGAACGAGAUCAGAAGGUUACAGGAGGUGUACAAGCAAGAGGAGACCAGCAUCACCAUUACAGGCCACAGCCUUGGGGCUGCUCUUGCCACCAUCAGUGCCACUGACAUUGUCUCCAAUGGCUAUAACAACAGCUGCCCGGUCUCGGCCUUCGUGUUUGGUAGCCCCAGAGUGGGCAACUCCGACUUCCAGAAAGCAUUUGACACUGCAGAAGACUUAAGGUUGCUCCGUGUUCGGAACUCCCCCGAUGUGGUCCCAAACUGGCCAAAGCUAGGAUACAGCGAUUGCGGCACAGAGCUCAUGAUCGACACAGGGGAAUCACCCUACAUCAAGACCCCUGGGAACCCGUUAACAUGGCAUGACAUGGAGUGCUACAUGCAUGGUGUUGCUGGGACACAGGGGAGCAAUGGAGGGUUUGAGUUGGAGGUUGAUCGAGACAUCGCGUUGGUAAAUAAACAUGAAGAUGCACUGAAGCACGAGUAUUCAAUUCCAUCAUCUUGGUGGGUGGUAGAGAACAAAGGUAUGGUGAAAGGCAAGGAUGGCCGGUGGCAUCUGGCCGACCAUGAGGAUGAUGACUGAUUUAGCCAGCCAGUUGGUCUUUUUACCUGACGCAAUCAUCACUGUGACAACCGGGCAACUAGUUGCAACUAGCAAGCUUUGACUUAAUACGCUAAUAAAGCAAGCUUUGCUUGCUUAAAACAGGGGACAUGUUCAUCGUGUGCUGAUUGUUUAAGCGAAGAUAUGUAUCCUGUUGUGUUCGAAUUCAUACUUUUCAAUGAUUUUAUUUUGAAUCACACUUACCUGAUGUAAUCAAGACUCAAAUUUGUUCAGCUGUGACGUUUUGACACCAAUACAAUGUUAAGAACACUUUAUGCUUGUUGUUUUUCUCUGUUCCAAACUUGUUGAAUUAUCACCUCAA